AUGGUGCGGGAGCACUUGGAGGUGGACAGUGCACCUCGUCUGUCCGGCCACGCCUCCUUGCUGGCCCCUGGUGCUACGUCCCGGAGCCCCAGCCCCGAAAGACCUCCUUCCGCGAGUCCGGCACAGCCGCCGGUGAGAUGGCUCGUCGUGGUCGUCGCUACGCAGGCGUGGUGGGGCAUGCAGCCCGUCAUGAGCCGUUGGCUGCAAACGUGCACGCACCCGCCGGUGCCCACGUUGACGCUGAUGGCGUGCGCCAACGCAAUUUCGCUGCUGGCGCUGUUCGCGAUCGACCUUGGCCGGCUCGCUUACGCGUGGUACCAGUACGAGACGGCCGUCCUCCUCGCCCUUCCAGUCAGCGAGCCAGGCUGGCGGCUCCCUGGCCUCAACGACCUGCUGCCGCGCCUGCGCACCGAUGUGCUGCGCCCCGCCGCGUGGCUGGCAAGCGCCGUGCUGUGCCGCGCUCUCACGGUGAUGUUCGCCACGGCAUUCACGCGCGCGGGAUGGGUCAUGCUGACCGGGAUGGCGGCGCCCAUCUUUACGGCGCUCGCGUCGAGGAUGCUGUACGAGCAAGCGCUGCCUCAUGGAUUCGUGCCGACGGUCGCGGCCUUGACCUUCGGAGGGACGCUGGCCAUCGUGGGUGAGGGGGAGCAGGCAGUGGCGGGGCCGGGAGCGGGACUGACGGUGGCCGACGGCACCGGGAUCAUCUUGGGCCUGACGUCAGCCUGCUGCCUGACGCUGUACUUCUUCUGCAUCCAGGGCACCAAAGGCGUGCUGUCAGGGACGCAGAUUCUGUACCUCACGUUCAGCACCCUGUUGUUGGUCACCGCGCCGCUGUCGCUCUUGAUCGACGGCGUGCGGACGUGGCGGAGCUUCGCGACGUGGACGGCGAUGGACGUCUCCGUCCUCCUCGCGUUCUCCAUCGCGCAGUACAUUGUCGGAAACUGGCUCCAGCAGGUGGUCAUCCGUCGCGUCGGCGCCCCGCUCACGUCGGCGUUCCUUGCCGUGCGGCUUGCGUCUGCCACCGCAGCGGCAUGGCCCGUGCUCGGGGAGCCCGUCCGCGGCGUGCUGAGCUGGCUGGGCCUGGGAAUCGUCAUCGGCGGCACAAGCACGUACCUGGCCGCGCAGGCGCGCAGGCAGUGA